AUGAUGAAACGCAGGUGGUCCAACAACGGGGGCUUCACGGCGCUGCGGAUGCUGGACGAGAGCAGCUCGGAGGUGACGUCGUCGUCGGCGGCCCUGGUCAUGUCGCCCGGCAUGACCAUGUCGCCGACGUCGCUCGGGUCGCCCGAGUACAACGACCUGGAGCUGUGGGGUGCGUACGACGAGAACGCCUACAACGGCCACAGUGUCCUGUCGAACGGGAACAAUAAUCUGGUGGCCGGUGUCGUGGGCCCCGGCGGCGGGCCCGGCGGUGGGUGCGGGGUGGCGGCCGUGGCCACCGCCAAUCAGCUGCUGAUGAACGGGAUCAUGCACGGCACCAACCAACUGAACGGCAUGAUGAACGGGAUCGCUGGCGCCGGCGUCGGCCAGGCCAACCACCAGAUCCAGCAGUUCGUCGGCAAUCUGAUCAGUGGCAUGAACUCGCACUCCCAAACGAUCAUCCCGCCGCUGCCGUCGAUCAUCCAGAACACGAUCAUGAACACGCCGCGCAGCGAAUCGGUCAACUCCAUCUCGUCAGGACGGGAAGAUCUGUCGCCCUCGAGCAGUCUCAAUGGCUACACACCGGACGGGAGCGAGGCGAAGAAGCAAAAGAAGGGACCGGCGCCGCGCCAGCAGGAGGAACUGUGUCUGGUGUGUGGCGAUCGAGCGUCCGGCUAUCACUACAACGCCCUUACCUGCGAAGGCUGCAAAGGAUUCUUUCGACGAAGCGUCACGAAGAAUGCGGUCUACUGCUGCAAGUUUGGGCACGCGUGCGAGAUGGACAUGUACAUGCGGCGCAAGUGCCAGGAGUGUCGGCUGAAGAAGUGCCUGGCGGUCGGCAUGCGGCCGGAGUGCGUCGUGCCCGAGAACCAGUGCGCCAUCAAGCGGAAGGAGAAGAAGGCGCAGAAGGAGAAGGACAAGGUACAAACGAACUCCUCCACCGUCAGUACAACGAACAGCGCCAACUACAAGGCCGAACUGUUGCCGGUGCUGAUGAAGUGCGAAUCGCCGCCCACCGCAGCUAUACCGCUACUGCCGGAGAAACUGCUGAACGAAAACCGACAAAGAAACAUACCUCUGCUGACGGCCAACCAGAUGGCCGUCAUCUACAAACUGAUCUGGUACCAGGAUGGCUACGAGCAACCGUCGGAGGAAGAUCUCAAGAGGAUAAUGAUCAACUCGCCCAACGAAGAGGAAGAUCCACACGAAAUCCAUUUCCGGCACAUAACGGAAAUCACCAUUCUCACAGUACAACUGAUCGUCGAGUUCGCGAAAGGACUGCCAGCAUUUACCAAGAUCCCACAGGAGGAUCAAAUUACGUUACUAAAGGCCUGCUCCAGUGAGGUGAUGAUGCUGCGGAUGGCGCGCCGGUACGACGCCGAAACCGACUCGAUUCUGUUCGCCAACAAUCGCUCGUAUACGCGCGACUCGUACAAGAUGGCCGGCAUGGCGGACACGAUCGAGGACCUGCUGCACUUCUGCCGCCAGAUGUACUCGCUGACGGUCGACAACGUCGAGUACGCGCUGCUCACCGCCAUCGUCAUCUUCUCCGACCGGCCCGGCCUCGAGAAGGCGGAGCUGGUGGAAACGAUCCAAAGCUACUACAUCGACACGCUGCGCGUCUACAUCCUCAACCGGCACGGGGGCGACCCGAAGUGUAGCGUCACGUUCGCCAAGCUGCUGUCCAUCCUGACCGAGCUGCGGACGCUCGGCAACCAGAACUCGGAGAUGUGCUUCUCGCUCAAGCUGAAGAACCGGAAGCUGCCCCGCUUCCUGGAGGAAAUCUGGGACGUGCAGGACAUCCCGCCGGUCGGUGUGCAGCAGCGGCACCAGCAGCAAGAGAUUGUCGUCCAGCAGCAGCCGCCGCCCCAGCACCAUGGGCUGCAGCACCACGCGGACGUUAGCAGCGCCAACGCCGGUUCCACUUCGGCGGCCAGCAUUGUCGUGGUGGCGAACAACCCGAACGCACCGCUCGGUAUGGUGGUUGGUCAGCAGCAGCAGCAGCAGCAGCAGUCGAGUCAGCAGCAGCAGCAGCAACAGCAGCAACAGCAGCUACACAGCAACGGUACCGCAAUGAUCGUCGGCAAUGGCAGCAGUAACACGAGCAGCAGCAGCAGUAGUAGUAGCAGUAGCAGUAGCAGCAGUAGUAGCAGCAGUAGCAGCAGCAGUAGUAGCAGUAGCAGUCAGAAUGGCGGCAACACCACCAACGGCGGGCUGCUGUCGGGCGUCGGUUUGCUCGAUCAGCCGGUAUAGCUAGCGUAGGACACGGUGCCUUCGGUUACCGUCGACGCCAACCAGCACCAGCACCAGCACCCGCUGUUCCAGCACGAUGCUCACCAUCCGCUGGUGGUGGUCCCGCUG